AUGGCUUCCAUCUACCAACUCAACCAGCCUCCCAAUCCGUUUUGGGACUUCGUCAACGACAAUCUAGAGGACCAUCCUUUCUUUGCUCCUCACGGCCACCGCGGACACCACGGACAUAGUGGACGUCGUGGAUGGGAUAACCCCCAGCAGAGCGGCAACACCACCCGAGGUGCUCAAGCAGGUGAAACCACUGAGGCUAAUGACAAUAUGGAGAAAGACGAAACGUCAGCAUCGGACUCCGACUCCCCAGACACACACCAGCAUCGCUGCGACCACUGCGGACAUGGUAAGGGCAAGGGUAGGGGUCGUGGAGGCCCCGGCCACCAUGGUCCAGGCCCAUUCCAUGGCAAAGGUGGCAAGGGAAAGCAUGGACAUGGCCCUCACGCCGGGCCCUAUGGUCACCACGGUUACCACAACACCUCUAAGGAAUUCCCACAGGACUCCGAAGCACCCCAAGCAGUCGGUGAGCUCUCCGAGGCCAACGCCAUUUCCUCCGCCUCUAAAGAGAACAUCGAAACCUCGGUAUCUGACUCUGAUUCUCCUGACAACAACCACCGCCGCCACGGCCACGGCGGAAAGUGCAAAAAUAAGGGCCAUGGAGGUCCUGGUCACCAUGGACCAGGUCCCUACCGCGGCAAGGGUGGCAAGGGAAAACACGGUCAUGGACCUCCUCCUGGGCCUUACGACUUCCACGGCUACGUCCAUGACCACCACCACGGUGCCGGCGCAUUCGGGGGUCCUGGGCGCGACGGAAGGGGCAGACAUGGAUAUGGACACGGACAUGGUCCCCACCCUGGUCCAUACGGUUUCCCGGGCCACCACCACCACCCCAACGCCGGUCCCUUCGGUUUUGGGCCCCGCGGACAUGGCAACCAUCACAAUGGAGGCCCCGGUGGCCGCGGCAGACAACACGGCGGUCCUCCUUUCGGCGGUCCGUUCGACUUCCUACGCCAGCUCGGUGCAGGACUUGGGUUUCCCAUGAACGGGCCUACCGCAGAGGGUGUUGACUUCACGCCCUCCGUUGACGUCUUUGACACCCCCGCCAAUUACAUUGUGCAUGUCUCACUUCCCGGAGCUAAGAAGAGCGAUCUCAGUAUUGACUAUGAUGCUGAUGAGUCUGUUCUGCAUCUGGCGGGUGUUGUUUACCGUCCCGGUGUCAAUGAGGAUAUGCACCAGGCUCUUGUUAUGGAAGAGCGGGGUCAGCACGUUGGUGUCUUUGAGCGUGAGGUCCGUUUGGGGACUCGUGUUGCACCGGCCUUCGUUGUUGUUGAUGGAAUCUCGGCGAAGCUGGAGGAUGGUGUUUUGAAUGUUACUUUGCCGAAGAUUGUUCAGGAUCCUGAGGUUGGGAAGAAGAAGGUUAUUGUGGAGGAUGGCGAUUUGGAUAAUGAGAAGGAUGCUAUGGUCGUGGAUGAGAGGACUCUCACUCCGGUGGAGUCUGAAGCAAGCGAUGUUGAAGAUGGUGAGACGAGAGAGUAUGUCCAGGUUCAUGUGCAGUGA